CCACCUGUCGGCCAGGUACAGACCUGCCCCCGGCCCCUCCCUCACCUGUGGCAGUCCCUGCUCAGCCUGAGACGGAAACAUAAACGCACCCGGGGCCAUGGAAGACAGUCCAGCGUGGGAACCGGAGCCCUGGGGCUCCUCUGGGGGUUGGCCAGCGCCCCGGGAGGCCAGAACAGGCCCAUCGCUGUCCUCUGUGCUGAAUGAGCUCCCCAGUGCUGCCACCCUCCGGUUCCGAGGCCCUGGGGUGCUGCCCUGGGGGGCCCUGGAGGAGAAGGAGGACAGACAGAGGAGCAUUCAGGCCUUCGCAGAAUCCGCACCAAAGGAAAUGCAGGAGCCUUGCCCUUCCCGGGAGCUGCCCUGGCCCAUGCAGGCCAGACGGGCGCACCGGCAGAGGCAUGCCAGGGACCAGGUGGCUCAGGGCUCAGGGUCCAGAACGGCCCACUGGGCUCUGCUGCUUCGGAGGUCCAAGGAGAAGGUGCGGGAAGGCUUGCGCACCAUGCAGCCCUGGGCGUGGACGCUAAAGAGGAUCGGGGGCCAGUUUGGCGCCGGCACCGAGUCCUACUUCUCCCUGCUGCGCUUCCUGCUGCUUCUCAACGUGCUGGCCUCCGUGCUUACGAUCUGCAUGAUUCUGUUGCCCACCUGGUUGGAAGGGGCUCCCCCUGGUCCCCCUGCCCCUAACGCCUCCGCGCUCUGCGGCUUCUACAACCCCCACCCCCAGGGCCUGGUCGCCUUCUCCACCCAGCUCUUCAACUUGCUCUCGGGAGAGGGUUUUCUAGAAUGGUCUCCUCUCUUCUAUGGGUUCCCGCCCCGCCCACACCUGGCCAUCACCUACCUGUGCUCCGUCUUUGCCAUCGGCCUCCUCUACCUGCUGCUCAUCCUGCACCGCUCGGUGUCUGGGCUGAAGCAGACCUUGUUGGCUGAGUCGGGGGCCCUGACCAGCUACAGCCACCGAGUGUUCUCCGCCUGGGACUUUGGCCUUAGCGGGGAGGUGCACGUGCGGCUGCGCCAGCGCAUCAUCCACUACGAACUGCAGGUGGAGCUGGAGGAAGCAGUGGUGCGGCGCCGGGCUGCGGUGCGGACCCUGGGCCAGGAAGCCACGGUGUGGUUGGUGCGGCUGCUGCUCAACCUGGUGGUGUUAGCACUCCUGGGAGCAGCCUUCUACGGCGUCUACUGGGCGACAGGGGCCACUGUGGAGCUGCAGGAGAGGCCCCUUGUCCAGGAGAUGCCACUGCUGAAGCUCGUGGUGGAUUAUCUUCCGUCCAUCUUCAUCUCCGUGGUCAACUUCGUGCUGCCGCCGGUGUUCAGUCUCAUUGCCCCGCUGGAGGGCUACACCAGGAGCCGCCAGAUCGUUUUUAUCUUGCUCAGGACUGUCUUUCUCCGCCUGGCCUCCCUGGUGGUCCUGCUCCUCUCUCUCUGGAAUCAGAUUACUUGUGCCGGUGAUGCGGAGGCUGUGGCGUGCAAAACCUGUGGCUACAAUUACAAAGAACUUCCGUGCUGGGAGACUCGGCUGGGGCAGGAGAUGUACAAACUCUUGCUCUUUGAUCUGCUGACUGGCCUGGCAGUCAUUCUGCUCAUCCAGUUUCCACGGAAGCUGCUCUGUGGCCUCUGUCCCGGGGCGCUGGGUCGUUUCGCUAGGACCCAGGAGUUCCAGGUGCCGGACGAAGUGCUGGGGCUCAUCUACGCACAGACGGUAGUCUGGGUGGGCAGUUUUUUUUGCCCUUUACUGCCUUUGCUCAACACGGCCAAGUUCCUGCUGCUUUUCUAUUUGAAGAAGCUCACCCUCUUCUCCACCUGCUCCCCGGCCUCCCGAACGUUCCGGGCCUCCACAGUAAAUUUCUUUUUCCCCCUGGUCCUUCUCCUGGGUCUGGCCAUCUCCGCCGUUCCUGUGCUAUAUAGCAUCUUCCUGAUCCCACCUUCUAAGCUGUGUGGUCCGUUCCGGGGGCAGUCGUCCAUCUGGGCCGAGAUCCCCAAUUCCAUUUGCACCCUCCCUCAGACUGUCCAGAACUUUCUCUUCUUCCUGGGGACCCAGGCUUUUGCUGUGCCCCUUCUGCUUAUCUCCAGCAUCCUUAUGGCAUAUACGGUGGCCCUGGCUAACUCAUAUGGACGCCUCAUCUCUGAGCUGAAACAUCAGAUAGAGACGGAGGCGCAGAAUAAAGUCUUCUUGGCACAACGCGCUGUGGCGCUGAGCUCCGCCAACGGAACUCUUUGACCUCCCUAGCCUGGCUCAGGGUGAAGGCCCACUUUCAGACCCAGACCUGCCCACAGACCCUUUGUAAGCCUCAGUCACGUCAUUUGGAAAAUGAGGGAACUGGAGAAGGCCCCAUGCCUUUCUGGCCCUGGGAUUCACUACCAAGUCCCUGACUCUACAGCGAACCUCUUUCUCGUAUCAAUAAACACUGCGGAGACUGCUGAGCGAUUUUUUGAAACUUGAAUCCUGAAGCCGGGAGCAAGGCUUCGGCGGGACAUAAGCCAAUCAACUGUGUUGGCCUAUGGAUUGGUGUGAAGGGUUAUUCCGCGAGAGAGCCCGUCGGGCGUGCUAGCCAGUCAGCGGUCGCGUCUUGUAGCGUCAGGGCGGGGACACUUGUGAUUGACUCAGACUCUUGAUAAGAGGCGGUCGCUAGGCGACACGACACGUGAUUAAUGGCGAGGGGGUGGGCGUCUCAGCCAAUCACCUUUCGCCACAGAUUCAGGGGGGUGUGUCAAAUGGCCCUAGACCAAUCCGUGGCUGAGGCAGAAACAACAGGGCGGGGCCGUCCUCUUGCCAAUCCGAAGUGCUAGGAGGCGGGCCUGCCAGUCCGUGGACAGAUACGGCGCCAUGAAUAUCUUACCCAAGAAGAGCUGGCACGUCCGGAACAAGGACAAUGUCGCCCGCGUGCGGCGUGACGAGGCCCAAGCUCGGGAGGAGGAGAAAGAGCGUGAGCGGAGGGCGCUACUCGCUCAGCAAGAGGCCCGCACAGAAUUCCUAAGGAAGAAAGCCAGGCAGCAAGCUCACUACCUGAGCUCGAAGCAGCAGAAGCAGGAGUCCCAGCCUCUGGCCCUGUGGAUCUGUUUCGGGAGCUGCUGGAGGAAGGGAAAGGGGUGACCAGAGGCAACAGAGAGUAUGAGGAAGAAAAGCGACAAGAGAAGGAGAGGCAGGAGAAAGCCUUGGGCAUCCUGACAUACCUGGGCCAGAGUGCAGCAGAAGCCCAGACUCAGCCCCCUUGGUACCAGCUCCCCCCAGGGCGAGGGGGCCCUCCCCCUGGUCCAGGACCAGAUGAGAAGGUCAAGAACCGCCUGGACCCUCUGCGGGAGAUGCAGAAACAUUUGGGGAAGAAGAGGAAGCGCAGUGGUGACGAUGGCAGUGACGGCAGAAAGGAAAAGAAGGAAGAGCCUGAGAAACGACGACCCAAGGAACCCCCGUCCCUGGACCAGCUUCGAGCUGAACGUCUCCGGCGGGAAGCAGCUGAGAGGGCUCGGGCAGAGGCCCUGCUGGCCCAGGUCAGAGGCACGGGGGCCCCGGAGCACCAGGCAGAAGAAGAGGUGGAUGAUCGGCGGAGGCGGUACAACUCUCAGUUCAACCCCCAGCUGGCCCGGCGCCCCCGCCGGCAGGAGCCCCACCUCGCUCACUGACUCUGAGGGGGUACAGGAGAGGCUGCUGCUGCCAGCCGUCAUAUAAAACUAUUUAUUCAUAAAUAUUUUCCAAAAUGAAAA